ACUAGUAAUAGUUUAACAUGGGGUGUACGAGGUGACCUGCCGCGUCAGGACCAACGUGGCGGUCUUCAGGUCCGUCAAACACUUGUCCAAAAUGGCCAGAAAUCCUGGGAUGAUACUCUUAUUUGACGUUGACGGCACGCUCACCGCCCCCAGGAAGAUAAUCAGUGAUGAUAUGUAUGAGUUUAUGACACAAGUGAAGGAUAAAGCAGUAUGUGGUCUGGUGGGAGGCUCAGAUUUGAAGAAAAUUGCAGAGCAAAUUGGUGGUAUGGAUGCACUAAUGAAAUUUGAAUAUGUUUUUGCUGAGAAUGGUCUAGUGGCUUAUCAGAAUGGUAAACUUAUCAGUAAAGAGAGUAUUCAAAACCACAUGGGAGAAGAGAAGCUCCAAGAGUUCAUUAACUUUUCGCUGCGAUACAUGUCUGAUAUUACCCUGCCUGUGAAACGUGGAACAUUCAUUGAAUUCCGCAAUGGUCUCAUCAACGUUUGUCCAGUUGGACGAAGUUGUUCACAGGAAGAACGCGACCAGUUUGGUGAAUAUGAUAAAGAGCACCAUGUCCGAGAAAAGUUUGUGAAAGCUUUAGAGGCAGAGUUUCCUGAUUCUGGUUUAGUUUUCUCUAUAGGUGGUCAGAUUAGCUUUGACGUGUUUCCAAAAGGUUGGGACAAGACUUACUGUUUACGCUUUGUGGAAAAGGAUUUCAAUACCAUUCACUUCUUUGGGGACAAGACCGAUAAAGGUGGUAAUGACCACGAGAUUUAUAGCGAUCCUCGUACUAUCAGCCACAAAGUUACUUCUCCUGACGACACCAAAACCCAGCUUAGGGAACUUUUGGGCCUUUAGCCAAAAAUGUGCCUUGGAUCUUAGCUUCCAACACAUACGAUGUACAGUACCGUACUUACAUAAACCUAUGUUACAGAGCAUCGUUUGGUCUGUGUCUUACCCUUGUUUUUUGCUGCCAAUAGCUCUAAAGACGGUUAAAUACAGUACUGUACUUUCUCUGUGACACUGAAAAAAUACAGUACUGUACAAACCCUAUGCCUUAUUCCUGUAUUUCAACCUUAGUCCCAUAUUUCAACCUUAGUCCCAUAUUUCAACCUUAGUCCCAUAUUUCAACCUAGGUCCCAUAUUUCAACCUUAGUCCCAUAUUUCAACCUUAGUCCCAUAUUUCAACCUUAGUCCCAUAUUUCAACCUUAGUCCCAUAUUUCAACCUUAGUCCCAUAUUUCAAUCUUAGUCCCAUAUUGUAACCUUUGUCCCAUACUUCUACCUUAUUCCCAUACAUUACCUUAUUCCCAUACAUCUGCCUUAUUCCUAUAGAUCUGCCUUAUUCCCACAUUUUUGCAUUAUUCCCAUACUUCUGCCUUAUUCUCAUAAUCUACCUUAUUCUCAUUCUACCUUAUUCCCAAACUUCUGCUUUAUUUCAAACUUUUCAGUAAGUGUAUGUUGUUGUUUUAGAUUUAGCUACUCAGAACAAAAUGUCCAUGUAGCACGGGCUAUGGUGAGCCCGUCUAGUUAGAGUACCUCUACCUUAUUAAUAUACCCUACCUUCUCAGCUUUCACCUCACUCUUUCCUUAUAAGUUGUCUUUCUCUACAUCUCUUUUUGUAACACACGAGUUGAUAAUGGUCGAGGAUGGACCUAAAUGUCAUCAAAUCCUUUGUUUUCUGAGGCAUGGGUUGGGUGUCUAAUUCUCAGCCAUGAUACUGUGACUUAUUAUCUGCACAAUAUUGUAGUUUGUGUUUAGAGUUCUUAGUGAUAUAUACAGAUCUAUAUACUGUAUAACAUUACACUGUUGAUAUACACCAUGUAUAUAAUGUUACACUGUUGUUCAUUCACAUGUAAUUUAUUUAUUUAUAUUUUUACAAAUAUUGAAAAAUAAUCGUUUGACAGGUACCCUCACCCUAAGUACUGUAUGUAUUAGCAUUAAAAGUUUUAGCUUCUU